AUGCAGACCUGGCAUUAAUGACCUCCUUACUUACCUUAAUUUUUUUGUGUGUGAAAAUGCAUUAAUCUAACCAUGUUUGUAGCUCCAGAGGAGAGGGAACAGAUGGACAAAGCUUUUUGUUAUGGAUACUUACAUAGUUUUCUAGGAACCUAAAGAAUGGUUGUAGCGUUCUGGGACAUUUUGAUUUUCCCUGAUGAUAGGAUCCUGGUGAGAAAGUAUUUAAGGUUUAGCAAAACCUUGAAUAUAGUAGAUAUAUGAUUCAUAUAAUCUGGCUUUUUUUUUUUUUAAGUAACCUCUACACCUAACACGGGGCUCAAACUCACAACCCCUAUAUCAGGAGUCACAUGCUUUUCCUGAGCCAGCCAGGCACCGCUGUCUGGCUUUCUUUAAAGGGCUUUCUUCUUUCCUUUAGUGAGAUUAGUCGCCUGGACCUGGGUCUGAGUGUGGAGGUAUGGAACAAAGGACUGAUCUGGGACACCAUGGUGGGGACGGUGUGGAUUGCACUGAAGACGGUUCGUCAGUCGGAUGAGGAAGGGCCUGGAGAGUGGUCCACGUUGGAGGCAGAGACACUGAUGAAAGAUGAUGAGAUAUGUGGAACUAAAAACCCAACUCCUCAUAAGAUUUUGCUUGAUACAAGAUUUGAGCUGCCUUUUGAUAUCCCAGAGGAGGAGGCCAGAUACUGGACUUACAAAUUGGAGCAAAUCAAUGUCUUGGGAGCUGACAGUGAGUAUUAUAUUCAAGAAGAAAGCCAGAGGAAGCCAUUACCCACUGCUGCCGCCCAGUGUUCUUUUGAAGAUCCUGAUAGUGCCGUUGAUGACCGAGAUAGUGACUAUCGCAGUGAGACCAGCAAUAGCAUCCCACCUCCUUACCAUACGACUUCCCAGCCCAAUGCUUCUGUGCACCAGUUUCCUGUGCCUGUGCGAUUGCCACAGCAGCUGCUACUUCAGGGCAGUUCCCGGGAUUCUUGCAAUGACUCUAUGCAAAGUUAUGAUCUUGAUUAUCCAGAGCGGAGGGCCCUCAGUUAUCCUCAGAAAUAUGAUACAGUAGAUAGGAGAAGAAAAAAUAAACCCUUAUACCGUGAUUUUGAACACAGUCAAAGAACACAGUACAAUGAAAGAUCAGAAACUAAGACUGACUUCAAAAGUACAUAUCCUGACACUGAAAAUUGUAACAUUUGCCACACUGAAAAGAAGAAACAAAAUUACCCAAUUUUGCACCCUUAUAAAAACGGCUUUGUGGUCAAGAGUGGCAUCUGGACCACCACGGUGGAAAAUCAUGAUUACGAUCUUUCUGGUGGUUACAAGAACUGUGAAAAAUCAUCUGGCUUAAACCAGCAUGUCACUAAUUUCACUCCAUUAGAUAUUCUUGAAGAUUCUACUAGUAGUACUUCUGAGGAACUUCUGAGUUCUCCUCUCACUGAUAAGCCAGAAGGUUUACUGUCACCAAUAAGUUAUCCAUCCAAUAUCCAUCAUAUUGGAGGCUUUCCUGAAGAAUACAAUGUAACAAAUCCAGCAUUCCCAUUACAAAAGAUGAACUGUGAUGCAAACACACUUGGAGAUCUGUCUGGGUGCCCCAUGGAAGAGAUGACCCCUCCCUCUCUUGAGGAACCCAAGGAGGACUAUGUUGAUACAAUGGAUGAGCUUCAGUGUUUGGUAGAAACUGUGUCAGAAUAUUUAGCAGAGAAAGAAGAGGAGAUUAAUGGAUUUGGUUCCCUUUCACGAACUGAAAAAUCACUUAAACACAAUAGUACUGGUAAUAAUGCAGAACAGAAAAUGCUUGAAGAUCAAAUACCACCUUUAACCAUUGUCAAGAAUGACAAGGACAAGGCUGUCUCUUUCCCUGAGCUGAAUGGAGUGAAAUGUGCUGUUGGUUCUUUGUUCAGUUCACUUACAGAAAAGGUAGGUUCAGGCACAAAGCAUCUAACAACCUCUGUGGAAAAGCUGGUUUAUUUAGUUCCAGAGAAAACAGAAACUCUUAAUCAGAUAGAGACGACUAAUUCAGGAUCUAAACCCAGAGCCAAGUCUGUAUUGGGGAAGGAUCUUUCCAUGCGAUCUCCAUUAUUCUCUCACACAGUUGAUAAUAAAGAUUUUGGCAGAAAUGACAAAACUUCUGAAAAUGAGCACACAGGUGGUAAAACUGGAAAUUUAAGCCUUCAGGAUGCAACAGAGACUACUGGAAGGGACUCCACUCCACAGAGUCAGAGUUCAGUUAUAAAGUCUGUUUUCAGCAUGUUAAAUCCAUUAAAGGUCUUUUCCGAAAAGGAUGAAACCAAAAAAGAUGACCAGAACAAGCCAACAAGAAAGGAAAGCUUUGUUGGGUGUGGUUCAGAGUCAAAUCAAAGGAAAGACACCCUUGGCAAUGACAAUAAAAUCAUCACUUUAGAUAGGCAUGAUGGAGAAACUACAAGCUCAUCCCAAAUGCCCACAAGUGAAGAUUUGUUGUCUUCCCAAGUGACCAAUGAACCUUCAAGCUUAGGUGGUUCUGCAAAUAAAAAAGAUGAUAUUGAGAGUCUCUUGGAAAGAAAACCCUGUACAGAUUUGUCUCUGGUACCACAUCAAUCAAAAAUAUGUGCCCAAAACACUGUAGGACAUCCUUGUAUAGCUGGCAGUACAACUGCAAAUAGAGAGUCUUCUUCAAAGACAGUAGAGGGGGAGAAAGUUACUGGUAAUGAUGAUUUUCUUGAGCCACUCAGAAAAUCCUUUAGCCAGUUUUUGCUCACUUCACCUGAGACCUGUUCAAAGGAGACUUUGUCAGAAUCUAUGAAAAUUCACCAGUUGGAGGAAGAUGGAUGGGAAAGGGGCCAUAAGAAAAAUGGACAUUCCUUUCCCUUUAAUAGAAAACUACAUAUUCCAUUUUUCAGAGUUCUUAGUCAUUCUGAGAAACAGCAAGAUUUAAGAGAGAAAGGAAGCAUUUUUCCUCUUUUUAAAUUUCCUUUCACUGAUGGUCGUACCACUGUCAAUGACCAGAGUUUUCCUGACUCAGCAGUAACUGUUGAUGAAGAGAUCCAAAGAAACUGCCAUGAAAAUGCCAAACUUAAUUUAAUAAAAUCUAGUUCAGUUCCAAAUAUUCAUAAUAAUUUAGGGAAACCUGAUGAUACAGAAACAUUUAAUAAAAAUGACCAAAUAAAUUGUCCUGAAGAUACCACACUUAAUAGAAUAAAGUCUAAUUCUGUUCCAAUUAUUAAUAACGAUCGUGGGAAAUUUGGGAAUAUAGAGAAAUUGAAUUCAAGUGAUCACACAGCAGCAGAGAACUGUCAGAUAGAUACUUUAGCCAUCCCUGAAGUUGUGUCCAAAGAAUAUAUUCCUUCAGAUUCUUCAGAGGAAAGUAAGACUCUUACACAAGUGACAUCUUUAACAGUAUCAGACUCAUUAACAUUUACUUCUACCAUUUCAAAAUCCACCUUGGUUAAUGAAAUUAAUGAAGACAGACUUGUAGAUAAAGCCUCUAAGAAAAGAAUCCAAGGAGGCCUCCUUUCUGGCCUAUUUAACAGGUUUUCUUCUCUUGAAAACUUGUCUAAUCAACAAGAAUUAAAUUUGAAAAGUGGUGACUCUCAUCAUAAGAAUAAUACUCCAGGAUUACUCUCUGGAAUAUUUAACUUGAUACACAAUAACAAUGUGACUGAUUGUAAACCAGAUGAGGCAAAGUCCAUGUCUUUAGGCAAUAUAAAAAGUUUGAAUGGAAAUAAACAUUUAUCUGUGGAUGAGAUCCCUGUUACUUCAUAUGUGACUUCUGAGAAUCAGAGGAACCAUGUUGAAAAAGAAGAAACAUCUGGCUUAAUAAAAAACUUUAUAUCUUUACCUAAAGAAAACAUACCAUUAUCUGAUGCUUGGGGUGAUAAUGAUCAUUGCUCUCCUAUGUGGAAAAACCAGCUAAGUGAAAAGAAUUGCCCCUCUUCUGAGGACAGGAUACUUGACUUCGCUCCGAGCACUCAGCAGGGCCUCUUAGAGAAAUCUUUGGCUGAGAGGCUGACACCACACCAUGUUCUUAAGGAGAAAAUACAUGAAAAUUCAAACAAGUUAAACCCACAUACAUUAAAUACUAACACUCUUAAUAAAUCAAACCACUAUCAGGCUUUUGAAGAGAUGAAUAAUCCUUUCUGUUCUGAAUGGGACUCUGAUAUAAAAGAUUUCUCUAAAAAUUCCAGAAAACUUCAGCCAGUGUAUUAUAUGCUAAAUCAAAAUACAUUCCCAUCAGCUGAUGUUUUCCUGUGGCCUGACUCAGAAAGCUCAGCAAUAAAUUUUUGCCAAAAGGAUCAAACUGCAAAUAUCUUGGAGUGGAAAACAAAUCCAAACAGUGUCAUUUGGCGUGACUUACCAUAUGAAUCAUUGGACCAGUUAGCAUUUAAUGAAGAUAACUUAUUAAGAAGUGAUAUGUGGGCAGCUCACUCAUUAUAUGGAAAUUCAUAUCUUCCAAUUAGUGAGACUACGAAUUCACUAGAAGAAUUGCCCAUUGACUUAAGUUGUUCUUCAGGUUAUGAGAAGACUACAUAUUCUGUAGUUGAUCAAGAAUCAUUAAGAAUGGAUGAAAACUUUGUUUUUUCAAGUGUCAGUUAUGACUACCAGGAAUGGUGGUCAUGUCUUGAAAAUGGAGUGUGGUGGCCAUCAGAGAAUGGAGAUUAUGGAUAUUAUAUGUUUCAUGAUGGUCAGUAUAUGUAUUAUCUCCUCACUGAUUCUACUGGGCAGUAUGCCUAUUUAUUUAUACCUGAUUGUUCUUAUCAAGAAUAUUUGAAUUGUGAUUUACAAACAAAUGAUCUAUCAAGUAUUAUGUUGGAUGACAGCAUUAUAUCAGCCUGUAGUUUUAAAGUACAUGACAAGGAAGAUGAAUUAUCCUGGUAUGUUGAAGAGGAACCAAUUGAUGACCCUCUUGAUUUAUCUGUAGUUUUGCCAAAAAGUGAGGGACCAGUGUAUCUAAAUUUAGGAACCUUUUCACAAGUACUUGAACAGUCAAGUUAUAGCCAAAAGGAUCAACCAUUAGAUUUUUCAGGCUAUAAUCUUCAAAAGUUUAAAGGAAAUUUUAGAUCUUUUGAAGAAGUGGUGUGUAGUUCUGAAGACUUUGAAUAUAUAUUGGAUCUCAGAAAUCAGCCCCAAACUAUUGGUAAUCAUGACUUAAAUAAAAAUCCUGUUAUAGAGAGAAGUAAGUAUCAGCUUCUUGCUAAGGAUGCAUCAAUUUACCCUUCCAGUUUCCAUUGGAUUCAGUCUUCUGAAGAAGCUACCUCUUUGGUUCAUUUUGAAGAUAUGACUAAUAGCCUACAGCAAACAGGAGAGAUGUCAUCAUUGAAAAAAGGAACCUCAUUAUUUUCUGCUUUGGGUGCUUUGGUUACAAGGACUUUGAAUUUUGAUGAGAAUGAAUCCUUAGAGUCUUUGGUUUUAAAGAAAAUGAAUCAGGAGUCAGACUUAGCAGAGCUCACAAAUGGUGGUGUUCAGUCAUUAAUCUUGAAUAAGCAAUUAGAGAGUAACUCCCAAAAUGAAGAAGAAGGUCUUCUCAAAAAGGAUUUAGAAAGAAAAACAGUACCCAAUGUUCCGCAACCAGAAUUUAAAAAUAUGAAGCAAGAAUUCCCUUUAAAUAAAAGUAUUCAUGUGAAAAAACAAAGUUUGUUAAAAUCUGUUGUCCAGGUAAGCCAAAUAACUCCUCAGGCUAAAGCGGAUAUAGAAAAUGAGGAAAUCAUUACAGUUGACUCUGUUUCCAUUCCUCUUACAUCACAAUUCAGUAAGGAUGAACACAAGAACUGUGAGCUUCUCCAUGACCAGUCUUCCAAAGAGUCUGAGAGAACAUUAUUUAAAAGUGCAUUGAAACUCUUUGGCCGGGGAGAAGACCCUUCAGUAAGUGUGGUGUCAAAUGGAAAACAGGCAUCUGGAUUUUUGAACCUUUUUAAAACCCAGGCAAAUAAAGAAGGAUCACCAAAUUUAGAAAAGAAUGAAGAUAAAAAUAUACCUUCUCAGCAAAAGAAUGAAUCUUCUGGUGUUUCAAAUUUUUUUGGCACCCUUGGGGACUUAUUUAAAACCAAUGUAUCUUCUAUACAGACAACUGAAAAUAUGUCUGUUUCCUCUAUGGUUAAUAAGGAUGAAGUCAAAUCAAGUCCUAAUCCUGCACAGCUAAAUAGCCAGGAUGUUGGGAACUUUUCUGCUAUGCCAGUUGCCUCUAAAAGGAAGGUUCGAGUUAGGAGUCUGAACAAGCAGAUUACUAUUGAUGACAGUGGGCUAAAAGAACCAUCAACUAUAGAUAUACAGAGUAAUAAUUUGACUGGAAAAGAGGUAUCUUCCAGAGACCGCCUAAUCCAGCAAUCACCAAAUCCAUCGUUCUCAAGAAAUUGUCUCAAAGAGUCUUCCAGAGAUUCUUCAAUAGAAACUAACGUUGUGUCUACAGUGACAGAAGUUUCAGGAAGUAGUAAACUGUCUGUUGAUAUUCUGAGCAGAAGAAAUUCAAACGAACAGGAUCAUUCUUCUGACCAAGACUGGAGUUUUUCAACUGCCACAACAUCUCCAUCUCAGCCAGAGUUGCCAGCCAGAAAGAGUAUAUUUUCUUUCCUGACUGGAUCUGAAAAAUCUGAGAACAGAGCCUCUGCUGCUCUACCAAGAACCAAAUCUCAAGCAGAAAGGCUAUUCACACUUCCUUCCUUUUUUUCCACUACUAACUCAAGCAGCAAGAAGGAUGCCGCUCAUAAUAGCCCUUUUAGUUUCUUCAGCUUGUCCUUUUUGGACGAAAAGCAGCAGACUCCUGGGGAAAAACAUAGCCUUUCAACAGUUGCUCCAGUGACUUCUCAGCCCUGUAAGAAGCCAAGUGUUUUUGUAGACAUGAGUGGCACAAUGACUAGAGAAGUUUCCAGUGGCAAUAGAGAUCGCAUAGUCCAGGAGGUAGCUCAUGAACAGCAAAUAGUUCCUUGUGUUUCUAUUAGCAACACUACUGAGGUUACUUGCCUUACAGAUGAGCUCAAUGUAGAGGACCAUCAGGGAAAACUAGAUUCUAGUAAUGGACCAGGGACAUCUUUAGCAAAUUUCCAGAUGAAUAAGUUGCAAGACGAUGUUCCUCAUUCACCAGGAUUUCAGGUACAAACUGAAACUCUGCUCAUUGGUCCAGAGACCCUUGGGGUAGCUCCCUAUGAAGAAGAGCCUUUCAUACAGGAAGUCUUCCCUUGUGACAACCUGGCCAAGUCUUUUUCACAUGAUAACCAUUUGACCAAAAAGCUCAACAAUUUAGACAGUUGUACUAACUACCACCACAAUGAAAGAUUUACGAGUGACCCUUUGAACUUGCCAUUAGAAAAGGCGCCUGAUGACACCUUAACACAGAUCCUGGAGGCAACCUCGCCCUCUGUGGAGCAAGGGUAUACAGGGCACCUCCAGAGCCUAGAGACAGAUAAAGAGGAAGACAAAUCAAUGUUGGGCUCUUCAGUAGAAAUGUUUUCAGGGUUUGUGACAAAAGUGAAAUCUUUCUCUGAGUGCUUAAUUGAACCUCCCAAAACUUUCUCUGGACUUUUCUCCUCUCCUAAACCUCCAACAAAAAACUCCUUUUUCUCUCUUUCUUCUCGUGCAUCAUCUCAGUCCCUCAAAGGUGAGUUACUUGGAAUUUUUAAAAGUCCCAAAUCAGAGACUCACAAACAAGAAUCGCCGAUCCCAGCUACUGCAUGGCCUCAAAAUGGUAGUUGCAGAGAUACUGUAGGAUUAGUACCUCCAGAAAAUUUAUGGAGAGAAACUUCCUCUCCAGCAUUCAAUUCAGAAUCUACUCUCAGUGAGUGUAGAAUGACUGUGGUUAGUGCAAAGUCAGACUCCGAGAUCCUGAUAGAUGAUACUAAAUUAACAGCUGAAAUGGAAAACAAUAAUAUUCCUGACAAUAUUCUAGAAUCCCAAGAUUCUGAAACAAUUAGGGCUGCACCUUCUGUUUCAGAGGAUGAUACUGGACAAGGAGUAUUGUCUCUGAGUGAUGAAGGAGACAUGGGGUUGUUGCAGGGCACAGACACAGAGACAUCAUUGGAAGCAGAGCACAUUUCAUUACCAUCACACUUGGAUCCAGAUCCUACCUGUGUGGCCAAAGAGCUUCCUCCUCCAUUUCAGCCACCCAGUCCUCUUGAGCCAGAGCCAGCUAUGCAAUCUACCUCCACAAACCAAGACUUCUUGGAGCUACAGGCAGCCAAUUCAGUAGAAACCAAUACUCCACUAUUUAGUGAGGCAAAUGUUGGCCAGAGUGCCACACCAGAAACCCCAGGAUACCUUUUUCAACCACUCCUGGAGGAACCUGUGCUUUGUGCCAGAAAAAAUUGUGAGAUACUUGAUACCCACAAAGAUCUACCUACAGUCCCCCAAGAAACAGAGCAGCCAAGACCUCUUUUUGAGAUCCCAAAUAUGACCAAUUGGCCAAAACUCCAUUUCCCAUCCUCUGCCACUGACUGUGGGAAACCACUGAGGUCUUUCUUUUCCCCACCUUCCUCCUCUGGCAGUAGAGCAGCAGAGCCUGGUUUAAUGGGCAGUUUUAAGAAGUUGUCAAAUCUAUUUGAGGGAGGUAGUGAGGGGAAAGGGAGUACACUGGCAGGUGAUCUAAAACUAAGGUUUGGAAAGAAGCUGGAUCUUUCAUUCACAUGGCCAAAAGAGAACAAAGGGGGCCCUGAACAAAUGCCUGCAGAAUCCUCUUCUCCAGUUUUGGUUAUCAGCGGCGAUCAGGAUCUUAACUCUAGUGAGGCUGACAAAACUUUAGAGGCUUCUCAAAUAGCUGGAGCUAGUGCUGAGCCAGCUACUCAGCCCUCUGGGACCUCUGAGCAGCUGGAGACCAAGCCAAGUAUAUGUACUCAAGAGCUUUCAGGGCCUGGAGAAAUGGAAAACAAGCAGGGAAUUUCAGCAUCUGGAGAACACUGGGGUUCCAAAAGCAACCUCUCGACCUCCACCUGUCCUUCAGGGAGUCAUAAGGAAGAACACUGCACUGUCACUGAGCUACUUCACCAGCCAAAAACACAAGAGGAGGUGAUGCCUGCUAGCUCUGAGUCUCUUUCAGAUGUGCAGCAGCCAGUCACUUUGCAUGGCAUCAAGGAACCAGAGACCGACAAAGGGCCUGUUCUCAUUGAGCUACUUCACCAGCUAGAAAGACAAGAAGAGGAGGUGGUGCCUGCUAGCGCUGAGGCUCUUUCAGAUGUGCAGCAGCCAGUCACUCUGCAUGACAUCAAGGAACCAAAGACCAACACAAGCCCCACCAGCAGUAGUAGGUAUGGCUCCUCCUGUAAUGUGAGUCAAGGAAGCUCUCAGUUGAGUGAACUAGACCAAUGCCAUGAACAAGAUGAUGACCGUCGGGAGAGGGACUCGAUUCAUUCAUGCCACAGCUCUGGCAGCUUCUCCAGAGAUGGCCAAGUGGGCUUUGGAGAACAAGAGAAAGCCUUGGAGGUGACAGGUGAAGAGGAGAAGGGGACAGCAUGUGAACCCAAGGAGAGGAAAGAAGAUGCCACAAUCCAUCCUCCCCCAGAUCUGGUGCUACAUGAAGACCGUGUCCUAGGCCCCCAGGAGAGCUUUCCUGAGGAGAAGGCUUCUUCACCGUUUACUCAAGCCAGAGCGCACUGGAUCCGAGCAGUUACCAAGGUUCGACUCCAGUUGCAGGAGAUUCCAGACGAUGGUAACCCCUCUCUGCCCCAGUGGCUCCCAGGAGGGCCAGCUGGAGGGCUCUAUGGCAUUGACAGCAUGCCAGAUCUACGUAGAAAGAAGCCACUGCCACUUGUCAGUGAUCUGUCAUUGGUCCAGUCCCGGAAGGCAGGGAUUACUUCUGCAAUGGCUACACGCACAUCUCUCAAAGAUGAAGAGCUGAAAUCCCAUGUGUAUAAGAAAACCCUGCAGGCCUUAAUCUACCCCAUCUCGUGUACCACACCCCACAACUUUGAGGUCUGGACGGCCACUACCCCUACCUACUGCUAUGAGUGUGAAGGUCUGCUCUGGGGCAUUGCCCGGCAGGGCAUGCGCUGCAGUGAGUGUGGAGUCAAGUGCCAUGAGAAGUGCCAGGAUCUGCUCAACGCCGACUGCCUGCAACGGGCUGCAGAAAAGAGUUCUAAACAUGGAGCUGAGGACCGGACCCAGAAUAUAAUCAUGGCCAUGAAGGACCGCAUGAAGAUCCGAGAGCGGAAUAAGCCAGAGAUCUUUGAAGUUAUCCGGGAUGUCUUUACUGUGAGCAAAGUGGCCCAUGUGCAACAGAUGAAAACAGUGAAGCAGAGUGUACUGGAUGGCACCUCCAAAUGGUCGGCCAAGAUUACCAUCACUGUGGUGUGUGCCCAGGGCCUACAAGCCAAGGACAAGACAGGAUCCAGUGACCCUUACGUGACUGUGCAAGUGGGCAAAACCAAGAAGCGUACCAAGACUAUUUUUGGGAAUCUGAACCCUGUUUGGGAAGAGAAGUUCCAUUUUGAGUGCCACAACUCUUCUGACCGCAUCAAGGUACGUGUAUGGGAUGAAGAUGAUGACAUCAAGUCAAGAGUAAAACAGCGGCUUAAACGAGAGUCUGAUGAUUUCCUUGGUCAAACCAUUAUUGAGGUUCGGACACUGAGUGGCGAGAUGGACGUCUGGUACAACUUGGAGAAGAGGACAGAUAAAUCAGCUGUCUCAGGGGCUAUCCGACUACAAAUCAGUGUGGAGAUCAAGGGGGAGGAGAAGGUAGCACCGUAUCAUGUGCAAUAUACGUGUCUCCAUGAGAACCUUUUCCAUUACCUCACAGACAUUCAGGGUAGUGGAGGAGUCCUGAUUCCUGAGGCUCGAGGAGAUGAUGCAUGGAAGGUGUACUUUGAUGAGACUGCCCAAGAAAUUGUGGAUGAAUUUGCCAUGCGCUAUGGCAUCGAGUCCAUUUAUCAGGCCAUGACGCACUUUGCAUGUUUGUCAUCCAAGUACAUGUGUCCUGGUGUGCCAGCAGUGAUGAGCACCUUACUGGCCAACAUCAAUGCCUACUAUGCCCACACAACCGCCUCCACCAAUGUCUCUGCAUCUGAUCGCUUUGCAGCUUCCAACUUUGGGAAAGAGAGAUUUGUAAAACUACUGGACCAGCUGCACAACUCACUGAGAAUUGACCUCUCUACCUACAGGAAUAAUUUCCCUGCUGGAAGCCCUGAGCGGCUUCAGGACUUGAAGUCAACAGUGGAUUUGCUGACCAGCAUUACUUUCUUCAGAAUGAAGGUGCAAGAACUGCAGAGUCCUCCAAGAGCCAGCCAGGUGGUAAAAGAUUGUGUGAAGGCCUGUUUGAACUCCACAUAUGAGUAUAUCUUCAACAACUGCCAUGACUUGUACAGUCACCAGUACCAGCUGAAACAGGAGCUACCUCCAGAGGAACAAGGACCCAGCAUUCGGAACCUGGAUUUUUGGCCCAAACUCAUCACACUCAUUGUGUCAAUCAUAGAGGAAGAUAAGAAUUCCUACACACUCGUUCUGAACCAGUUUCCUCAGGAGUUGAAUGUGGGAAAAGUCAGCGCAGAAGUGAUGUGGCAGCUCUUUGCCCAAGACAUGAAAUAUGCACUGGAGGAGCAUGAGAAAGACCGGCUGUGUAAGAGUGCUGACUACAUGAACCUACACUUCAAGGUGAAGUGGCUCCACAAUGAAUACGUGCGAGAUCUGCCUGCCCUCCAGGGGCAGGUGCCUGAGUACCCAGUGUGGUUUGAGCAGUUUGUCCUGCAGUGGCUGGAUGAGAAUGAAGAUGUGUCCCUGGAAUUCCUACAUGGGGCCCUGGAACGAGAUAAGAAGGAUGGGUUCCAGCAGACAUCAGAGCAUGCGCUCUUUUCUUGCUCUGUGGUGGACGUCUUCACACAGCUCAACCAGAGCUUUGAGAUCAUCCGGAAGCUGGAAUGCCCAGACCCCAACAUCCUAGCCCACUACAUGAGGAGAUUUGCUAAGACCAUCGGGAAAGUGCUGAUGCAGUAUGCAGACAUCUUAUCAAAGAGCUUCCCAGAUUAUUGCAAAAAGGAGAAAAUGCCUUGCAUCCUGAUGAACAACAUGCAGCAACUGAGGGUCCAGCUGGAGAAAAUGUUUGAGGCCAUGGGAGGCAAGGAGUUGGAUCCUGAAGCUGCAGACAGUUUGAAGGAGCUUCAGGUGAAACUGAAUACGGUUCUGGAUGAGCUCAGCAUGGUAUUUGGAAACAGUUUUCAGGUGCGGAUUGAUGAGUGUGUUCGACAAAUGGCUGACAUCCUGGGCCAGGUGCGGGGCCCAGGGAAUGCAUCCCCCAGCGCCAGGGCCUCAGUGGCUCAGGAUGCAGAUAGUGUGCUCCGGCCUCUCAUGGACUUCCUGGAUGGCAACCUCACACUCUUUGCCACUGUGUGUGAGAAGACAGUCCUGAAGCGUGUACUGAAGGAGCUCUGGCGGGUGGUAAUGAACACAAUGGAAAGGAUGAUUGUUCUGCCCCCACUCACUGACCAGACGGGCACCCAGCUGAUCUUCACUGCUGCCAAGGAGCUGAGCAAUCUUUCCAAACUCAAGGACCACAUGGUUCGAGAGGAAACACGGAGUCUCACUCCGAAGCAGUGUGCCAUCCUUGACCUCGCUCUGGACACCAUCAAGCAAUACUUUCACGCAGGAGGUAAUGGGCUGAAGAAAACUUUCCUGGAGAAGAGCCCAGAUCUACAGUCCCUACGUUAUGCCCUAUCUCUGUACACACAGACCACAGACACGCUCAUCAAAACCUUUGUUCGCUCACAGACUGCCCAGGGGUCUGGUGUGGAUGAUCCUGUGGGAGAAAUCUCUAUUCAGGUGGAUUUGUUUACACAUCCUGGAACUGGGGAGCACAAGGUCACAGUGAAAGUGGUGGCUGCCAAUGACCUCAAGUGGCAGACAGCAGGUAUGUUCCGGCCCUUUGUGGAAGUGACCAUGGUUGGCCCACACCAAAGUGAUAAGAAGAGGAAGUUCACAACCAAGUCGAAGAGCAACAACUGGGCUCCCAAGUAUAAUGAGACAUUCCACUUCCUCCUGGGAAAUGAAGAGGGGCCAGAAGCCUAUGAGUUGCAAAUAUGUGUGAAGGAUUACUGCUUUGCCCGGGAGGAUCGUGUUCUGGGGCUAGCUGUGAUGCCUCUGAGGGAUGUGGCAGCCAAGGGAAGCUGUGCUUGCUGGUGCCCCUUGGGCCGGAAGAUCCACAUGGAUGAGACAGGCAUGACUAUUCUCCGGAUUCUGUCUCAGAGGAGCAAUGACGAAGUGGCUCGGGAGUUUGUGAAGCUCAAAUCGGAGUCUCGUUCCAUGGAAGAGGGGAGCUGAGCACCCAGGUUCCUGUGCCAACUGGAUGGCAUCAGUUUCACAAAUCAGGGCCAGUGAGAAUUACUAUAUAUCCAGCUUAGGGUCCUCAUAGUCAAGAGGCUGACUCCUUCAGUUUAAGGAAAAAUUUGGGGUGGUGAGAAUAUUUUCUCAGAAAGGCUCAGGAGUCCCUGACCAGCACGUCUGUGGUGCUAGGAGCUGGGCUGUCAGGGUUACUGCAUAGGGAGGUAGAACAGACAUUUCUGAGAGUGUCAGCCAUUAUUGUUGGUAGACACCCCUUCACCCCCUAUCCCAUCUCUACCCCUCUCCAUGCCACACCUUAUUCAGUUAGACCCAUACAUAUAAACCAUUAG